AACCCAAACCCAUUUCAUCUCAUAUUCUCAUAUUUCCCAAUAUCAUAUCAAAUACUUCAAUCUCUCCUCCUUCCUAAAUCCUAAUCCUUCCCCACCUCCCCCACUCUCUCUCUUCUCUCAUCUCAUCUCUCCUUCGUCGGCGGGCUCCCCUACACUCAUCUCUCUGUUCUCUCUAAUAUUAUUAUUAUUAUUUCCCCCUCCUUUUCUUUUGGGCCCCCAAUUAUCAUUUUAUUCUCUAUCCUGAAAACAAAAAAAAAAUCAAUAUUCCUCACUCAGAAAAUCAAUCCUUCUCCCAUGUCGGCGACAGACGGUGCAACCAACGGCGGCGGUGGCGGUGGCGGCGGCGGCGUAAUCAUUGACCACACUCACUCACUCUCUCAACAACGACAAGCUGCCACGUCAACAACAACAACACAAACAACCACUACAACAGUAGCAGCACCGACAUCAACAACGUUAACGGUGAAGAAAGCACCAGCAAAAGACAGACACAGUAAAGUAGACGGACGAGGUAGAAGGAUACGUAUGCCAAUCAUCUGCGCCGCACGUGUCUUCCAGUUAACACGUGAGUUAGGUCAUAAAUCAGAUGGUCAAACUAUUGAGUGGCUUCUCCGACAAGCUGAACCUUCUAUCAUAGCUGCUACCGGUACUGGUACUACACCUGCUUCUUUUUCUACUUCUUCUCCUCACUCUCUCUCCUCCACUUCUCACCACCAUCAACAACUCCGUACAUCCGUACUCACUACUUCUUCUUCCGACAACAACAACAACAACCUUAAACCAACAACAACAACCACAACACCUUUUCUACUAGGUAAACGUCUUAGAACAACAGCUGAAGAAAACGAAGCUCAAAACGGUGUCGUUGAUAAAGAAGAUGUUACUACUGCUUCAAUUGGAGUUGGGCCUGCUACUGGGUAUUGGGCUAUUCCUACUAGGCCUGAUUUCUGGAGUUUUGCUGCUGGGCCUGAAAUGGUUGUGGGCCCUGCUCUUACUCAACAAGCUGCUGCUAUGGCUGGAAGGUUUCUUUCUCAUCACCAACAUCAACAACAACAACAUCAUCAUCAACAUCAACAACAUCAAGUGGUUAGCUUAGGAGAACCUUCUAGAGUUGGAAAUUACAUGCCUAUUGGUCAAGGUCAUCAUCUUAAUUUACUCGCUUCGUUGUCUGGUGCACCUGCUUCUGCUACUGGUGCUUCAUCUGCUGCUGGUGGAAGGAGAGACGAUGAUCCUCGUUGAUUAUUCGUAAUCGAAAUCGUAAUCGCAAUCGUUAUUCUUUAUUAUGAUCAUGAUGAAUGUUGUAUUGUAAGUAAUUUGAUAUGUCUUUUGUGUGUGAGAGAAUUGAGGAUUGAAAAAAAAAGAUUAGGGUUAAUUAAUUAGGGGUGUUGUUAAUUGUUAUUAAUGAUGGAUGUGUACGAUUGUUUGUUGUGUGUAAUGAUCAGUAAUGUAUUGAGUGUUCGUUCUUUCUCGAAGGGGAGGAAAGAAUUGGUAGGAGAAGUUUGCUGUUUGAUUGAUUUUAUUCAAUUUUUUUUAGGGUUUUUAGGGUUUAGGAUUCUGUUUUUUUUUUUUUUUUUUUUUUUUUUGCUCUGCUGGUGAAAUUCUUUGUAAUGUUAUGAGUAGAGUUUUUGAAUUUGUUCAAUUCAAGUAAGGAAAAAAAAAAAGUGAGGAAAACCUAUGGAAAAGGUUUUUUAUUCUCAUGAAAAUGUGAAGUUGGAAUCUUUUGUAAUUCUUCUUGCAUCAUUAAAUGGUGUUCAAUUGCAUAAACAUUUGUUGUUCA